UUGAUAGAACGAGGUUAGCAUCUCCUCACGUCAAAAUGGCUGAAUAUUUAGCUUCCAUUUUUGGCACUGAAAAAGACAAAGUCAACUGCUCCUUCUACUUCAAGAUUGGAGCAUGUCGUCAUGGAGACCGGUGUUCCCGCCUCCACAACAAACCGACUUUCAGUCAAACCAUUGUGAUCCAGAACAUCUACCACAAUCCGGCUAACACAGCACAGUCGGCUGAAGGGGGUGCUGCUGUUGGAAUAGCGGACCAAUCUAACCUGAGUGAUGUGGAGGUGCAGCAGCACUUUGAUGAUUUCUUUGAGGAGGUCUUCGCUGAGAUGGAGCAGAAGUACGGUGAAAUUGAGGAGAUGAACGUCUGUGACAACCUUGGGGAUCAUCUGGUCGGCAACGUCUAUGUCAAGUUCCGCUAUGAGGAAGAUGCAGAGAAAGCAGUAGAGGAUUUGAAUAAUCGCUGGUUUAACCGUCAGCCAAUCAGAGCAGAGCUCUCGCCGGUCACGGAUUUCAGGGAAGCCUGCUGCCGUCAGUACGAGAUGGGUGAAUGUACACGUGGAGGAUUCUGUAACUUCAUGCACCUCAAACCCAUCUCCAGGGAGCUCAGAAGAGAGCUCUACGGCCGCCGCAAACGCAAGAAGCGCAGCAGCCGUAGCAAGUCCACAUCACCCGGACCCCGCGACAACAAGCGCCGAUCGCGAUCCCGUAGUCGCAGCCGAGGGAAGGACGAUAGACACAGAGAGAGGGAGCGCUCCGGACGUUUUUAAGUUUUGGGCCAAUUUAACUGUGGAGUCUUGAUAUGAUACAUGGUCGCUAUGUCAGUAAGCUUUCCUGCAGGCAAUAUUCAGUGGACACUGUAACGUGUAUAUCGUCUGUUUGGAGUCAGAAAGGUGUUAAUUCAUAUUCUCGAACAAAGAGUUAACGCCCUUCCGGCUUUAAACAGAAUAUAUGAAGACUGCUCUUGGAAACCAUUUAAAGCAGUCAUUAUGUAGCAGAUAGUCAUUUUGUACAAGUUCCUUCAAUACAAGUUUCAAUGAGGAAAUUCUGCUCAAGUAAACAACAAAUAGUGGUCCUUUUAGAUAGGUGGUGUAGUAUGACUGUAUAUUCAAGAAGAAAAGUCCCAAGGUAUUUUUGUGCUCUAUUUUUCUGACAACUGUAUUAAAAAGAAAGCCUUACUACAGCUAGGAUCAAACCAAAAAUCAAGGAAAGGGUUUUUCUCAUUGUCAACCAUUACGCCUUGUAACACACACUGUAUGGGGCAACAUGGCCAAAUGAAGUGAAACCUGUCUAUAAACUUAAAAAGACCACCCAAUGGAGACAAGAUAAGUGGCAUUUAAGACAGGUGGUCUUUAUGUACAGGUUCCUUUAGUACAUGUUUCAAUGAAAAAACAUUUUCAAUGGAAACAAACAAUGUGGUCUUUGUAGACAGGCGGUCACUAAAGCAGGUUUGGCUGUACCUUGGACAUGCCCAAGAAUUAGGGCCCCAUUUCACAAACUUGUCAUCAGUGACAAAUGACAAUUUUUGUUAUAAGCUACUGAAAUCCUUGCUACUGUUUGGUUAUCAGCAGAUUUAUCACUGAUUUGUGUCAUUUUUCAUUGAAAAAAGGCUUUGUGAAACAGGUCCCAGAUCCCUCUGCAUAUUGGAGAAAGGAAAUCACAACACCUUUAUCAAAAAAGUUAUCAGUUCUGACCAAUAUCUUUUAUGCUGCAUCAAUUUAAGUAAAUAUUGGUAAUUGUAAGAUACAUAAAGGGUUGUUGCAGUCUAACCUGCUUUAUUGACCACCUCCCUUCAAAGACCACUUUUUGUAUUUCCCUUGGGUGGUCGCUGUAAACAGGUUUGACUGUAUUAAAAAGCUAGUUUCUCUACCCUCUUAUUCACUUUAUUACAAAAUACAUAAUCUUGAGAUUCUGUAUCAAAGAAGAAGUGACGCAUUUAUAUCAAGACUCCACAGUGUAUGUAAUAUUUUUUGUCAUUUUGAAGGCUUAGGUGAACAUUAAUAAAAAAAUGUUUUAAAAAAUCCUGUUUGGUAUGUUUAAUUGUCAUGAUUAAUUCUGAGAUCAUGCCUUUGUCUUUAAAUUCAUUGCUGGCUAUUGAAAAGUUAUUCUAAAGUCGCCUCCGAAAAGAAUGUUUACACUGAAAACUGAAAAGAAAUUAAAAAUGUACCUUUUCUGGCCAAAAUAAGUCUUGCAUGUUUUCUCCCUGAGCAGCUGACAAUUCAACGAGUUUAGCUGAACUCUAACUUACUGCAUUUAAUUAUUGCAUUAUUUUCAAGACACUUACAUACACAACCAGGAGAAGUUGCAGAUUAGAAAAGAAAAUGCUUUAGAAAGCCCUUGAUAUUCAAGUCACAUGUUGCCCUAUGCCUUCAAUUCAAAUUUUGUUGUAAAUCAUAAUAUUUCUCAUGUUUUUUCCUUUCAUUCUUUUUUUUAUUUGAUGCUACAUUAUGUAGGGAUCAACUUUAGCUAUAUCAUUAUUUGUACAUCAUUUUGCUUUCAAGGGUCUAUUUUUUGGUUAAUUGCUAUUAUUACUGCAGUUUCGAAAUGUAUGAUAAUUCUAUUGCAGGUAUUAUUAAAUAAUCUUCUCCAACAUGCCAAUUUAUCUGUUUGCAGGGAUGGAUUGUGGCCUUUCAUUACACAUUUUCGUUGUCCAAGAAAUAACACUAUUUUUCUGGAAUGUUAUUAAGUAUUGGAUAUUUCCCUCAAAAUAAAACACAAUGUAGUAAUUUCAUUUUUGCUGUAACUUAAUGUGUAUAUUGCAUUCCACUCCUAUUUUGUUCAUUUCUCUAAAGUGUAAAUAUAUUCUGUCCCACUGUUCUCUGAAACUUGAUCUGUCUAUCUCUCUCUCUCUCUCUCUCUCCCUCUCUCUCUCCUUUUGCCCACUCUGUUUGUUUCCUCAACAAUUUCAUCUUAAUUAUGAAGUACCUACCGGUAAUACUUUACAUGUACAUUAUUCAACAGUAUGUUGAUUUUUGCAAAUUGAGAAAGGUUAUUGUACUUUCCUGGAAGCAAAUUGAUCCAUGAAUGUUUAUCAGCAACUUUUGUCAUGAACUAAAAUGUUUUGUUUUUAAUGUGUCUUGGUGAAAGGAACCCACUACUGUUUUUGUAUUAAAAUCAAAUUUUCCUUUUAUUGUGAAUAUGA